AUGAUAUGCGUGAAAUGCAUUGAAUUGAAUAUAAUUUUGAUAUUAUUAAAUAUAUUCCAGAAAAACAUUCCUAAAAUGGAAGAAUGGGUACAAUGGCAAAAUAUAAAGAAUGAACAAAAUAUCAAAAUAUCUUUACAUACCAUUGAAAAUAUUUUCAGAAAAGAGGAUAUAAAUGUGCUAUUCAUAGUGGAACAUAAUGGUACUGUUUUGGGAGAGAGUGAUCCAUUAUUAAUCAAAUCAACUUUUAAUGAAUUAUCCAUUUCUAUAAUCAAUUUUAAUGUUAAUUUACCAGUCAUUCCCAGUGAUAAAGAAAAUAUUAAUUCAAUUGUAUCAAUUCCUAUAUUAAUUAAAGCUGUAGAAAUAAUAGAAAAUGAUGAGGAAUCUAUUCAGAAUCUAUCUAUUUCAGAAGAAUUUAAGAAAAAUGAGAAUAAAAAAAAAUCGAUAUUCAGCACAAAAUCUGGAUUAUUUCUCACAUCAAAAUUAUUUGGAAUAUGUAAUUUUGAUAUAAUUCCAAUUAUAUUAGGUGAAAAAGAGUUCUCUGAAAAAUUAAUUCUAGAAACGCCUAAUUUUUUCUUUGAUGGUAAUUUAGUAUCGUGGCAGAAUCUUCCACGUUUAACAGUAACGGCCUCACAAGAUCAUCUUCCAGUUAAUCUUUCAACAUUAAUCACUGAUGCAAAUAAUGCGUUUAAUUUACUCUAUAUCACAGUCGAAAGUAUAUACAACAUUCCAGAAACUUUUACGGAUAAUUUCAAAUAUAAAGCUGGCACGAUAGCGUAUACCGAUAGCGAGAUUCCAAAAAAUUUAAUUUUCGAUCAAGGCAAGUGGACGAAACACCGCGAUAUCGAGAGAACGAAACGAUGGAAUACUUUGCGUUACAUAGAAAACCGUGCUCAAUUAUCGAAAUACAAACUAGACUGUGAUUUUAUGGGAAUUAAAAAUGAAUUCAAAAAGCAAUUCGAUUUAGCGAAAAAGAUAUCCCAAGAUAUACCGCGAAUAGAAUGGAAUUCUUUGAUUCGUUGUGUCGCAUGGGAGAAAGGACUUGAAACAAUACGAGAUCAUAUUACAAAACACAAAUUAUGGCCUUUCCAAUUUGAAAUAGUAGCAGCAGGUUCGCCAAUGAAAUUUAAAAAUGAUUUAUCGGCUAGGAAACAGCUGUAUCAGUGUUACAUCGAUAUUUCGGAACUACUUUUUCCAGGAAGAACAAGUUGUCGAGCCGUGGGCCAAUUAUAUACGUAUAAUCCAACAGACUUAUCGGAAAAGUUAGGAAUCGAUCAAAAUAUCUUUGUUUUCGAAUUAUCGCGUAAAGACUUAAAAGAAAAAGACAAAAAAAAUAAAGUCGAAAAAUCAAAGAAUAACUCGCAAUCGAAUCAAUCAGAAAUUGAAACAAAAAAUCAAAGGGAACCAAUAUUUAAUGAAAAUGGGGAACCUACAAUUGUAGUAGUUGAUAUCGAAUUCUACGAACCUUUGAUCGCUUGUAAAAUCGAGGAGGAUUUCACAUAUUUGAUAGAUGAAAUAAUAUCCAAAAGAAAAAAACCAUAUUAUGUAUACUCUAAUAACGUAGCAGAAGAACAGUAUAAACAUUGCAUUCAAAAAUUGGCAGAAGUUCUUACAGAAUCUUAUCGAGAUGAAAUAACAUGUUUCAAACAAUAUCUUUAUAAAACUGGAAUAUACUUAACUAUUCGCAAUACGUUAAGAAUGAAAAUUCCUAUUUUGAUAGAUCAAAAAUUCAAAUUGCCUUUAAAUUUUAUAGGUUCUAAGGAAUCUCAUAAUAUUAUCACUUCUAUAUAUAUAUAUUUAGUAGAGCAAAUGCAUCUUGCUCUAAACCAAAUAAUUGAAUGUCGAUUUACGAAAAACAAUGAAAAUGAUUUGAUGAAUAAAAAAGAAAAAAGUACAAAUAUACAAAUGAUAUAUUUGUAUGCUGAAGAAACUUAUGAACUUGGAAAUCUGAAUGAAGCUAAACAAAAUUAUUUAAAACUGAUACAAUCGAAUAAAAAUGAUCCAUAUGUUUGGACAUUAUAUGCAAUCUUUCUUAAGAAAAUAGGUGAUAUAGAAAGUGCAAAGCAAUGCUGUUUAGAAGCACUUAUGCUAGAUCGACAACACCCAAUUGCAUUGUUGAUAUACGCAAUAAUCUUUUUUGAGAAUAAAGAAUACAAAGAGGCUGAGAUAUUUUUGAGAGCUAUUGUCUAUUUACAUCCACGCUUCUUUGAAGGCUGGGCAAUUUUACAUCUUUUCUUUAUACGAACCGAUUAUUAUCCAGGAGUGGAUCUCACGCUUCGUAUAGCAGAGAAAUGUAUGCAAGAUAAAACUCACAUUAUAAUACUCGAUCAAAAACCGCUUUUAUGGUCCACGGAUUAUUGUCCAAAAAAUAAUUUGUAUAUAAAUGUUGUAAUAUUUUUAUUGAAAUUGCACUUUUGUGAGUUUGCAGAAAUGGCAUUAGCAGAAGAAAUGUCAGUUUCCAAUCGAUCGAUUCAUGUCUUGUACUAUAUGGCAGUGGAACAUUAUUUAUCUAACAGAUAUGAAGAUGCAUUAUCUCAUUUAAAGGAAAUUCGAUACACUUAUGGAAUGGAUUAUUCGAUUAGUAGUUUAAUGGGCCACUGUUAUUUCAAAAUAGGAGAUAUCAAAAAAGCAAUAGAAUUGUAUCAACAUGCGCGUAUGCUUUUCGAUAGGCCUAAAGAUUUGCAUUUAGUAGAAAUUAGAUUGGGAUAUCAUUUUCACAGUCACGGUGAUUUUGACCAAGCAAAAAGAAUUUUUUUGAGUGUAUGCAAAUCUUCACCCUCUUGCUUAACCUGGUUAGGGGUUGGUAAAAGUUGUUAUGAGUUAGGUCAAUUUCACGAAGCAGAAAUAUCCCUGUCAGAAGCAAACAGGAUUAAUAAUCAGAAUCCAGAAGUGUGGGGUUACUUAUGUCUUUUGAACAUGACUCUUAGAAGAUACGACGAGUUUAUGCAAUGUUAUGCAGAAAUAAUCAAAUAUCAGAAUAAUCUUACAGAUAGAAAACUGUGGUUGAGAAUAACGAACAUGAUGGAGGCUUUGGAUUACGCACCACCAAAUUUAAUAGAAACCAACGAUCUUGUCGAGGAUCAUAAUAUAGAGGGAUCUGAGGAACAAUUUUAAAAUUAAUGGCACCAUAAUGAAUUAGAGAAAAAAA